UCCACGUAAGCGUACACAGACUUGUGUCUCUGAGUAUCAUCCCAGUUUCUCGAAAAAAUAUGAUGUUUUCGCUGACACUCGUUUCAUUUCUUGUACUACAAGCAUAUGCAAGAGAGCACGCAUGGAGUUAUAAAGGCAAUACAGGUCCUGAACACUGGUCAAUGAAUUAUAAACACUGCGCUGGGGAAAGACAGUCGCCGAUAAACAUUGACACAACUAAAGUGAUCAAAAAAGAUCUUGGACCUCUGACAUGGAUAGGUAUGAAAGGCAAACUUAUAGAUGAAUCCAGACCAUCUGCUAUGCAGAUACUUAACAAUGGACAUACAGUUCAAGUGAACCUUAAAGGUGACUACUAUGCAUCAGGAGGUGGCUUACCAAGUGGAUACAAGGCAACGCAGCUUCACUUUCAUUGGGGUGAAGAUAAGAAACGUGGAUCAGAGCAUCAGUUAAAUGGUAAACAGUAUCCCGGAGAGGUGCACCUUGUCGCUUAUGAUUUCAUACGUUUCAAUAGUCUGGAGGAGGCGUUACAGAAUCCCACUGGUGUUGCAGUUUUUGCAACAUUUAUUGAUAUUGGUAAAAAAAAUAAUGAUGGGUACAAUGCAAUUAUAGAUGGGAUGGAUGAAGUGGAAUUCAAUGGUGAAGUUUAUGAUUACCAGAAAACGUUUCCUAUACACCCAUUAAUGUCAAAUAAGAGGAACGUUUUCUACAGAUACGAAGGAUCGCUGACGACUCCUCCAUGCUACGAAAGCGUCUUAUGGACAGUCUUUAAAGAGCCAGUCAGAAUAUCUCAACGACAGAUGCAGUUCUUCCGUGAAAUGCUGCUUAACAGGCCAGAUGAAUAUAUUACAGACCCGUCACAGAACGACACUUUACUACUGGAGGAACUUGAAAAGAUGAAUGAAACCAUCCAAGUAGAGAAACGCAGUGCUGAUAACGACACUUACGUCCCUGAACCUGAAGUUGAUGACGGUGAAGAUGGCAAAGAAAUGAUACUUCGUCAAUUGAUCAAUAACUUCAGACCAGUCCAGAAACUCAAUGGCCGCUCUGUCACCGCCAGUGAGCCAUCAGCCAUGGGGCUAUCCACUUCUGAUGAGACUUCUUCUGAAGAUAGCGGUACUUAUCUAGCGCCCUCUAUGGUCAUAAGUUUUAUGAUGUUACUUAGUUCUAUAAUAUUGAGCUGAGCUGAAACUUCUUAAAUGUUUGAAUGUUUUAUAAAUUCCAGCAAAAAAGUCUUUUCAGAUUUGUUACUAGUUUUUGUUUGUUUUGUUCUCUUACACAACUUGUUGACAAGUUAUCGUUAUCGUGAUAUAUUGUGUAGCUUUGCUGGCCAUUUAUACACACAACUAUAAUUAAUCUGGUUUGAUGUUUCUAGUAUUUCUAAAUCCACUAUUUUGUUGUUUUAAAUAUUUCUAAGUUUGUUAUAAAAAUCUCUA